AAGAAGACAGUCCCUAAGAUGGGGGCUAUACUAUCGAAGACGAAGAGAUCAGUAUUGUCGACAAACAAGUUACGCCACUUCACCCAUCGGCAUACUCUAAAACUAACAUCAAAAUCUAAAAAUUUCAUCUGCAAAGCAUGCGGUUUACCGGGAAUGGGUUUAAGAUACCGGUGCAACAAACGGUGCGAUUGGGAUAUACAUGUAACUUGUGCAACUAGUCCUGAUAUUUUGUCGACGCAUAUUCACAAUGACCAUCGGUUAAAUCUCGUAUGGACCAAGGGAAACCCUGAUGAGAAUGAAGCGAAGGGAGGAGUAUGUGGUGUCUGCGAUGGGCGUACUGGUCGGCUUUUCUAUUCAUGUCCAUUUUGUCCAAGAGAAGCAGGUUACUUCUUGCACCCCAUAUGUUCAACAUAUCCAUCGCGUAUAAAUCACCCAUUAGAUAGGGGUCAUUCUCUUGUAUGGAAAUCUGGUCCGCGUACAUGGUGCUCAAUUUGUAGAACGCUUUGUCCGAUUUGGCAUUACGGAUGUGAAACCUGCUCAAUUGAUGUUCAUUUCAAGUGCGUCUCCGGUCACCAACAAGAAAAUGGCGGUGAUGCCCAUGGUGACCGUACGACAGGACCAAAGGAGAACAUUUCGGUUUUUGCAGCGGUAGGAGGCUUGUUUCUGGGUAUAAUCCAACUAAUAGCUGGGGGCAGUUGAGUUUCCGAACUGGGUUUCAAGUAUACUUCUUCUGGGGUGUGUAAUAAGUGGUGUCGCCGAUAUCAACCUCGUGUGUGGUAAAGUUUGUGGGUGACAAUUAUCAUCGAAAAAGAUUAAUUAUGUCAAUAUAUUUUGGGUUUCUGGGUGCUUUCUUACUUGGGGAUGCAUGAUCGAGCUCAGUAGCUCACUCACCAUGUGUGCUCUGUUUUGAUCACAUCACAUCAUUUACAGUUCAUAUACUGUCUAAUAAUACUUGUAGCAUUUUCGUUUAAAUCAAGGUCUUCUCUCA